ACAAACGUCAUUUAUGAUUUUGUUGUAAUUCGGUUUUCGGUUUAUCCACGUUUAUCAUAGAUUCCCGCUAGUUUCUUGGUUUUGUUGCCUUAUUUAUUUUCUGUUAACUUAUUACAGUGUUAGUAUCGAAAAUUUAAUCUUUGUUUCUUGAUCAAUGGGACUUGACUGAAAAAAACAACCAACAUGAACAACUCCGCUUCAAAGGUUGGGGAGAUCUUUCGUGAAGCAGGCAGCGCUUUCAACAAACUAUCCGAAAUGACCAUGUUGUUACAUCCCGUUGGCGACUCACAGCCCGGCGGCAAAUGGACGGAAGAAGAGAUUGAAAUGCUCAGGUCUUGCGUCCAUCGUUUUGCCGUCGACCUGAACAAGCUUAGCCAGCACAUCAAGAACCGAACAGUGUCGCAAAUUCGUACAACAUUAAAAAAGAAAGCAUUCGAAGACGCAGGUAUACCGGUCCGUCAGGUUAACAGCACGCUGAACACCGCCCCGCCGCCCACACAGCAGGUAGUCUCGUCACUGAGCCUCCUCCAACCGAACGUAUUAGGAAAGAACGCCGAGGUAACGCUGAACAUGUUAAACGCCUCUGAGACCGAGGUGGACGUGGAGGGGCUCAGCAACGACGUUAAGCUGGAGUUCGAGGCGGGCAGCGAGGAGGUGGCCACCUGAGACAUGCUUUGCUUCACGUAGGAUCGCCGUGGAUUGGUAGCGCCCGUGUUGUCGCGGGGGGGGGCUUCGUCAAACAGAUACACGCACCAGACUGCCAGGGAUUGAUUGAUGGGUGCAUAGGUCGCGUUCACGAGUUUUUUUUGUUUGUUUUUUCGUUUGUUCGGUUCUUUUUUAUUUGCUAAUACGGCCAGGACGUGUGUUAUUACUCUGAAAUUAUUAUAAAUUAAUUAAUUUUUAUAAAUUUCACUUCAAAGAUUUUUCAAAAAAAUUGCAUAGUCAACGGUUUUUGUUUAAUUGGGUUUGAUGUUUGUACUGCCUUCUUACCUUGCUUUUGGAUUAUUAUUCGGUUAUCAUUGGGGAAGUAAUUCUGUACUAUAUAUGAUUUGCUCCUAACGUCUUGGUUCUAUUAGCAAAAAAAAAAUUCAUCGUUAAGUUAAUCUCUGGACAUUUAUUUUAAGGAAUUAUUUUCUUACAUUAACUUUUCUUUGAAUUAAAUUAAAUUUAAUUUUAAAACUGCUUUGUAUGAAUAAUUUUUUGAAAUUAUUAUUAAUUUACUGAUUUAAUAAUAAAACAAUUAUUAGGAUCAUUUUAUGACUGUUUGACGAAGCUUAAAGGCCUUAGUGUUAAGUUACGUUAUGUUACCGCUUUUAUAUAUUUCAUUUGCUAACUGUUUACAAAGAGGAGAUCAUCGGUUGAUAUUUACUUCAUUUAGAUAUUUAAUUAUUAUGUCAAUUCAUUAUUUUAAUUCCAAAAAUGAGUUAAGUUAAUUUAGUGGGAUGAUUGAUUUUAGUUUAUUAAAAAUACAUAAUAUUAUAUUUUCUAUGUUUACGUGUAAAUCAGUUGUAUAAUCUGUCGAGAUUUAGUUUGUUAAGCGUUAUUUUGGCAACCGAUGGUCUCCUCGGAAUAUAUUACAAUAUACAAUUAUUAUUAUUACAAUCGACCGUGCGCUACUCGUUAUUUCGCAAGGUUCGUUAUUGACAAUGUUGUAAAGAUGAUAGUAUUUUUGAUAUAUCCAUCUUAUGACUCAACAAUAUUAAUAUAAUUAGUUUUUUAUUGUUAAGUUGAGAUAAGUAAAUAUUAUGUUUCCGA